GGAGAGAGAGAGAGAGAGAGAGAGAGAGAGAGAGAUAUGAUGGAUUGGAAUAUUUUAGAUGAGAAAAGGGACGACAUUCUUAUCUGGUAAAGCUAAAGAAACCCUAUUACUCUCUCCUCUCUUUCCCCUUUCCCCUUUAGCCCUUUUUCCCCUUUCCCUUGCCCCAUGUCCCUGCUGUGUUGGAUAAAAUGAUGGGGAACACCAUGGGAGGUCGCAUUCAUGCUCGACAAUAGGGUUCGGUUCCCAUCAUUGGGGAUUCGCGUGGAAGCAGAGGUGGGAUGGAUCGUAGAUGGGGAGAAAAGGAGGAGGGGGUGUGGGGAGUGGGAGGAGGAGGAGGUGGGAGAGGAGAAGGGGUUUAUGCAUGAGUGCCAUCUACCGAAAAAUCGGCGAAAAUUAAAUUGAAGUUCUUAUAGGGAUCAAAUUCACACCUUGAUAUGAUCUUACUCACUAGGGUCUGUAAAUCUCAAAUCUCAUAAGAAAAAGGUGCUUUUUUAGCCAAAAAAAAUGGCAGAUUUUAGGGUUAGAAGGCUUGAAUCCCGGCACACGAAGAUAAGAAAUGUUCCGAUCGCGGUAACUCCAGAAGGAUUCUGGUGUUGCCCUUCUCAGGCUGUGCUCCAGAAAACCCUGAAGAAUCAAAACCACCAAAAUAAGCAAAAAGGCUCAUCCCCCCCUUCGAAGGCCCCUUCGGUUCAAAGGGCGCCGGCUAUUUCAUCGGAGAAGAGAGCAUCCACUCCAACAAGAUCAAAAGGUGUUUCGGAUGACCAGAAAUGCCCUCCGACUUCUGAUAAUCCGGCUUUAAGUCCAAUGAGGGCUUCGGAGAGACCGCCGAAACCAAAUUCUGAGGGUCAAAAGCAUAAGAUUUCAGUCGGCUUUGGUCAACAAGAGACGAGCGAUUUGAAGGUUAUUUUGUAUGGGAAGGAAGGGAUUGCAGUUAAGAUGAGUGUUCAUAAGAACAUUCUUGCUGAAAAUAGUAAUUACUUUGCUGAGAAACUGUCGAGGGAGUCGCCGGUCUCGUGCAUUGAGAUAUUGGAUUGUGAGGAUGUGGAAAUUUAUGUUGAGACUGUGGGAUUGAUGUAUUGUAAGGAAGUCAAGCACAGGUUGAUCAAGCAAAGUGUUCCGCGCGUUCUCCGCAUACUAAAGGUUGCUGAGUCGCUUGGCUUCAGGGCAUGCAUGAAAUCAUGCUUGGAUUACUUAGAAGCAGUCCCUUGGGUCGGAGAUGAAGAAGAAGAAAAUGUGGUCUCCUCGGUACGCCACCUUAAGACUGAUAAUUACGGAAUAAACCCCAUACUAAAAAGAGUAUCUUCGGACCUUAACAACCCCCCUAAUCACACACUUGCCCAUAUAAUGGAACUUGUUCUAAAAAGCAGCGACGAAAGAGGACGGCGCGAGAUGAAAUCCUUAGUCCUAAAACUCUUAAAGGAAAAUAGCAUUUGUAAUAAUGGGUCUUCAGAUAUAUGCGUAGAAACCUUAUACAAUUCAUGCAAAAGUUGCUUAGACUCCCUGUUAGUGCUUUUCCGAGAAGCAACUGAACCAGCCUUUUCCAGUAGAGCUUUGGACGGCAAAGAACCUAUUACAAGGCAUAUAGCUCUCGAAGCCGAUAAUCUUCUUUGGCUAGUGGAGAUUCUGGCUGACAGGCAUGUAGCUGAUGAGUUUGUGCUGAUGUGGGCGAGCCAAAAUGAGCUAUCUCAGUUGCAUAAUAAGCUACCGAUUAUGAACCGGCACUUAAUUAGCUGCAUCACAGCUAGAAUUUUUGUCGGGAUCGGGAGAGGAGAAGUGCUUCCGUGUAAGGAGACUCGCCAGCUGCUUCUCAAUGUGUGGCUGCAGCCCCUUAUUGACGACUACAGUUGGCUGCAGCAUGGGUGCAGAUCAUUUGAUCGGAAAGUUGUCGAGGAAGGGAUCGGUCGAACUAUUCUCACUCUUCCUUUGGAGGACCAGCAGACGAUACUGCUUUCUUGGUUGGGGAGUUUCUUGAAAAUUGGCGAUAACUGCCCAAAUCUGCAGCGAGCAUUUGAGGUAUGGUGGAGAAGGACUUUCAUUAGGCCUUACGUUGAGCAGCAACACGGUAAUAUUUUACCGUUGGACAGAAACUGAUCGAGAGCAGUAUUAGUAAGAAAAAUAUAAAUAUUCUCAUGUCGUAUUCGAAGAAUUUGGUGGUGAAUGCUGGGUGGAAAAAAGUCAGUGCUUGUUUACUUCGUGGAAAGGCGAAGGUAAUGCUAAAGCUAAUGCUUAUCCUUAAAAAAAAGUUUUAGAAAUUUCUAUGAAUUCCUAACAAAUGUGAGUUUCACUAUGAUAUGGUGUAAUUCAAUCUAGGGCUUUAUUUUUCAAUUUGCUUUUUGUGUCAUUUCACUAUGGGAUGUGUUGUAAUUCAAUGUAGGUUUUUAUUUUUAUUUUUUUUAAUUUGCUUUCUUCUCCUCUUUUCUUUUCUCUUUUUUUUUUUUUUUUUUGUUUCCUUUGUGAUCCUUUUGUUGUGCAAUUCUGGAAACAAAAGUUAAGUGCAUAAUAUAUAUAUGAGCUGUCCCUAUUAUUGCAUUCUUA